AUGGCAACGCUUGCAGAUAUAUCGGUUUCGGCAGCUAUAAAUCUACUGAGUGCAUUCGUUUUCCUAUUGGCAUUUGCCAUUUUGAGGCUACAACCUUUCAACGAUAGGGUUUACUUUCCAAAAUGGUAUCUUAUGGGCUUAAGAAGCAGUCCCUCGCACUCGGGAGCGUUUGUUCGGAGGAUUGUGAACUUAGACUUUAGAUCAUAUGCCCGGUUUUUGAACUGGAUGCCUGAAGCACUUAAAAUGCCAGAGCCUGAGCUUAUCGAUCACGCAGGAUUGGAUUCUGCAGUUUACUUGCGCAUUUACUUGAUGGGACUCAAAAUUUUUGUGCCUAUAACAUUCCUUGCCUGGGCUAUCCUGAUACCAGUUAAUUACACCAAUAAUGUUUUAGAGGUAGCCGAGCUGGUGUCUAAUGUGACUGCUAGUAACAUCGACAAGCUUUCAAUUUCCAAUAUACCGCUUCAAUCACAAAGAUUUUGGACGCAUUUAGUGAUGGCUUAUGCCUUCACUUUCUGGACGUGCUACGUGUUACUAAGGGAGUAUGAGAAAGUUGCUUCCUUGAGGUUGCAAUUUCUUUCUUCAGAAAGUCGUCGUCCAGAUCAAUUCACAGUGCUUGUUAGGAACGUGCCUCCAGAUCCAGAUGAAACUGUCAGUGAGCUUGUGGAGCACUUUUUUCUAGUGAAUCAUCCAGAUCAUUAUCUCACCCAUCAGGUUGUGUGCAAUGCAAACAAACUAGCCAGCUUGGUCAAGAAGAAGAAGAAAAAGCAGAACUGGCUUGACUACUACCAACUCAAGUACUCCAGGAAUCAAUUGCAGAGGCCUCAGAUGAAGACUGGUUUCCUUGGGCUUUGGGGGCAAAAAGUGGAUGCAAUCGAUUAUCACAUAUCAGAGAUUGAGAAACUGUCAAAAGAAAUAGGAGAAGAGAGGGAAAAGGUAUUAAAUGAUCCAAAGUCUAUCAUGCCGGCAGCAUUUGUUUCAUUCAAGACUCGAUGGGGUGCAGCUGUUUGUGCACAAACUCAACAAUCAAGAAAUCCGACUUUGUGGUUAACGGAGUGGGCUCCAGAGCCGCGCGAUGUAUAUUGGCAAAAUUUAGCCAUUCCAUACGUGUCACUCUCAGUUAGGAGGCUGGUAAUUGGAGUUGCAUUCUUUUUCCUUACCUUCUUUUUCAUGAUACCUAUUGCAUCUGUGCAAGCUCUAGCAAGUAUUGAGGGAAUUGAGAAAAAAGCCCCUUUUCUUAAGGCCGUUAUUGAAAAAAAAUUUAUCAAAUCUGUUAUCCAAGGUUUUCUUCCUGGAAUUGUAUUGAAGCUCUUCCUCAUCUUCCUUCCAACAAUAUUGAUGAUCAUGUCUAAAUUUGAAGGCUUCACAUCUCGAUCAUCUUUGGAAAGGAGAUCAGCAACGAGAUACUAUAUUUUCCUCAUUAUCAAUGUAUUCCUUGGGAGCAUACUCACUGGGGCCGCAUUUGAACAGCUAAAUUCUUUUAUUAAGCAGUCUGCUAACGAGUAA